AUGGCGGAGAUGGUCAGUUCCGCGGUUGUCGAGGAGACAUUAAACCAGAUCGUAUCUGGUCUGAUUGACAGGCAUGAAGAGAGACCAGAGCGGACCGAGCAGAUGGAGAGGCUGGAGAUGGCGCACAUCAAGCUGGAGGCGGCGCUCGAGACAUCCGGCAAGUGGCAGAUCAACGACGCGUCGCUGCUCCGCUGGCGCCACAAGCUGAAGCGUGCGGCCCAGGAGUGCGACGCCGCGCUGCGCAAGUGCAAGCAGCGCGCCGUGGAAGACGAGGAGGAGGAGGAGGCGGUCAGGGGCUCCUCCUUCCCUAGGCGGCUGGCCCAUGCCACCAAGUCGUUCGUGACCGGUUUCUUCCGCCGUGACACCGGCGGCGGCGCAUCUGUCCGGAGGUUCGAGUGGUUCGCCGACGGCGCCAACGAGUUCCUGAGGUUCGUCGAGCUCGGCGGCACGCCACGCGGGUACAUGUUCUUCGACCCUCUCAUCGGGCGCCUCCUCGCCGGCCAAGAGCUACGUUACAGGCUCGUCCGGGGAAGCCAGUACCACCUGUUCUGCGUCCGCCCCAUCAGCUUCGAGGACCGCGGGGUGGAGGCCAAGAUGCUGUUCGUGUACGAGGACGACGAGGCGCCGGAGAAGAACCUGUGCCUGGGCUCCAUCCUGCGCCUCUCGGAGAGCACGGACGUCGUCGGGAUCACCAUCAAGUGCUUGCAGCUGGUGACCCCUCAUUUCAGGUCCACGGCGGAGUCGGCGAGGAAGGAGCUCGCCGGGCUGCCCACGCAGGACUUCUCCUGGGUGCCGUACCUCGACUCCAGCCACCAGGAUCACUGGAACAGCAUCCACAGCAGCCUGACCCAAUGGUUCCGUCCGAACCCACUCUGCUGCAAGCACCAGCACGACGAGCUCCAGCCCCGCACCAGCAGCACAACGAGACCGUCAGAUGUCUCUCUAGAGCCGGUCAUCGAGGUGUUCCUGCAGCGCCACAUCCCGCUGUCCGAGUACAACGUGCACAGAAGCAAGAGCGCUGUCCAAGGCGAGAGGGGCUGUCUGAAAGACGUGCCACACCUGAAACUCGGGCUGCUCUUCUCCCCCCAUGGAUCUUCAGAGGACCUGGUGCCGGCGGUCGAGAGCUCCGCGAUCGAGGUGAUCGACGGCGAGGAGCAGAGCGGCAUGCACACAAACAUCAGCCUGGAGCAGCUGGACGAGGUGAUGCUGCCCAAGGCGAUAGAUUGCCUCUACAAGAGGCCCGAGGCCACGGCGUACCAGAUGUUCUGGAAGUCCAAGCACGGCACCGCAUUCCUGCAGGUUGAGAAGACGAGCUUGGUGAAGAUGCCGUCGACGAGGAUUGGAGAGGCUGGGACAAGAAGGUUGGCGAUCCAGCGACGCCGAGAUCCGAAGCUCGAGAGGUGGAUACAGGUGGUCAUAGACUUCCUCAAUCUCUGGGUUGCACACGCACCCCAAAAGCUGCGGAGCUCAUUCAUCGAAUGGAUUCACAAGGCCAAUGAAAUGAAACAAGCGCCGCAGCAAAGACCUACUGCUUCAUACUAG